GAUCAUUCAAUGCCUUAUCUUUCUUACCCCGCAAUUGGUGUCCUCGCAUCCAAAUGCCCAUUUUCUCGACCUUGAUGACCUUAUUCGAUUCUGUCUGUACAAGUACGCUGCCUCUGGUCGAUCGACGUUCGCUUAGUCACGUUGUAUGCCUUUUUGGGUCUGGAUUCAACGUCAAUCGUGGUCUGCGCCUGGUAUGCCGGCUGCUACAGCUGACCGGAACACAUCUCUUAUCUUAAUGUCCCGCAACAAGCGACAUUGACUAUUGGCGAUACAUGAAAGUACCAGCGCAACCUCGACAAGGUGACCCAACAUGCCUAUUAUCGGCGACGACUUCCCUGAGAAGAUAACAGUAUACUCAGGUACUUUGCGGAAGUUCACUGGUGCCAAAGUCGAUCCCUACGCUCGCUUCGUUGGUUAUAUUCUCCUCAAGCCCCUCAACAUUGCUGUACAGGGCCAACGGAACGUGAACAAUGCACUUGGCAAUCUUCCUGUCCACACAUCGGUUGCACCGGACGAGAAGCUCCUUUUUGGCUGGGGCCCCCUACAUGUCAUCCACGAUAAGGUGGUUCACCUAGGGUCUUAUGAGCAUCUUUCUGUGAUGAUAGCCUUGGGAGAGAGCUUCCACGAGACCUAUGGAGCCAAAGUACUUUGGGAGCUGACAAAGGCUGCAGCAGGGCCAGAUGAUCUGACUCCGCACUUUUCGCAGUGGAAGUCCAAUCUGCAUGCCUACAGCGGAGCAUUUUCAGCGACAGAUUUUGGUUUGUUGGUCGAGGAGUACAUUCGAUUGUACCCGUAUCCUGUCAACAUCCAGAUGCUUGAUGCUGUCUUCCCUCCACGCGUGAUUGCAGAUGCUCUCUCGGCCUUGAUGCGUAUCACUGGUGGAGAAGAAAAAGAGGUCACAUUCACCGGUAGCGCAAUCAUUGCUUGGAUAGGAGCCAUAGCAGAAUGGCUGUGCGACCUACAAAUAACAAUCUACGACGACAAUGGGGAGCAGCUCCGUAAAACCCAUCCCGACCGAGAACCACAGGUGACCAUGAUCUUCGUCAAAAAUCCUAGCAUCAAUUUUUCGUUUGAACCCCACAGCCAAAAUGCAGCGGGCAUUGCAGAUCUGAGUCUCGUCGACCACACAUACCCUGCCGCUGUGCACGCGACUCCAUUUGGUGGCCGUGUGGCAUGGCAAUCACUCCUUCCGCGAGUCUUCGGGCGGAGUUUUCAUAUCUUGGAUCACGAAGAAUCGAAAUCGUUUGGAACAAUGAUUGGAAGUGCGGCAAGGAUGUUUGAGGGUCUUGCUUUGGGGAAGGGACAUGAACAUAUCGAGCUCGUCUCAACCAAGAACCAGAGCAAUACCGCAUCAUAUGGAGCAGGCUUGGUGCAGACCCUUGGCAAUUGGUUUCCUGAGCUCAGACGAUUUCAAGGCCGCAUGGAGCGAUCUCUGAAAUUGACCCAUGAUGAGGCAUCAACGUCUUACGUGGAGCAGUUGAGUAAGAUACGCGCGGCUUGCCACUGCGGCAUCUGUACAUCCAAAGACAAACUCCAGCCGGGGCAAGAAGGUAUUCCGCCGACACAUGGGUACUGCCUGGCUGCUCUUACCGAGACAAUCAUCUCGUUGGGGCUGUCUUUGUCGAGAAUGACGGUGGCGGCUCGAUUGUACCCGACGCGAACAGGCAUUCAAAAUUACUACCUCGGCCAGGUGUCGAAAAGAUUGGAAGCUCGAGGCUCGCACUGGACGGAGCAUUUCAAGAUCGUGUUCGGGACCGAAUGGAACGCUCCGGAUGCUCGUCGUCUCCAGAAUGCUGUUCAGAUGUUCACGGGCUCGAGACCUGCCAAAGACACACCGGAGAAUCUGGUCGCUAUUUCUCAUGAGGGUAUUUGCGCUUACUUUGUAGCCUUGGAGACAUCUCAUAAAGCGGAUCAGGAACAGCAAGUCAAACUGAUAAGGGUUAUCAGCGGGAGCAUUAAUGUUGGUGAGAAAUUGUUUGACAGAGCCUGUUUAGGUCAGGUCGAUGGAGCAGAUCCAGAAGAUCCGUGGGAAGAGUUAAGGUAUGACCAUCUGCCUCAGCCAUUGUUUUGUAAGUAGUAAUUAUGACUGUCGUGUUCGGCUCGGAAAGAAUGCCAGCGUCAAGGAAAGCCGGCUGGGAUCGAAGCCUAUCGCUGCAGUUGCCAUCAUGGUCGCGAGUCUAGAGUAUGGUCUUUGCCGUUCACGGGUCUUUGAAUCUGGAGGGAAACCCGAAUUUAGUCAGAGGUGAGUGGGAGGUGAAGCCAAUUUAACGGGGAGUUAUGGAGGCCGGAGAAGUCUCGGGGGACACACGCGAGACCAAGACGCGUGCUACGAC